AUGGCAUUCAGGUCUCCAGAUUUGUGGGUAAAAAGUGGCGGUAUAGCAUUGCUUUUUGCCAAAAACAGCCUCAAACGAUAUCAACAUUUAAUAAAAUGGAAAAAAGAUGCAUCCAUUCUGGAGCUUGGAUUUGGAACUGGACAUAAUUCAAUGCAAUAUUUGGUUCCUCUAUUACCUAAAGAUUACAAAGAAUUUAUUGGUUCUGAUGUGUCUGAAGAAAUGGUCGACUACGCUAAAAACGAUUUCAAAAUACCUAAAUCGAAAGUCGUUAAAUUAGAUGCUUGCUCGGAUGUUCCAAAUGAAUAUCGGGAACGAUUUGACCAUAUAUUUGCUUUCAUGCUCAUUCAUAUGUUAAAUAAGCCAAGAGAGGCAUUUAAGAAUAUUCACACAAUGUUGAAACCUGGAGGAUCGACGUUUAUAAUGUUUAUGGAAAGAAAACCAGUUGAGUAUGUAAUGGCCCAACUGAAACUACAUCCAAAAUGGAGCAAAUACGAUCAUGAUGUUAUGAUAGCUCCUUAUUUCUACUCCAAAAGUCCACAGGAAUUGUACAAGAAGGACAUAGAUUCUGCUGGUUUUGUUGAUUAUUUUAUGGAAGCGCAAAAUGAUUCAUAUAUCUGCGAGGAGGAAGAAUUCAUAGAUUUACAUAUGUGUGUUAAUGUAGUUAUACCGACGAUACCGGAAGAAUUACGUGAAGAGUACAUUAAGGAGUAUUUCAAAGAGGUACACAAAUCACCAGUAACGACAAUACGUCAGGAAAACGGUAAAAACAUCUUCAUAACCAAUGCUAAAGUUAUUUCUUUAUAUGCCACUAGACAAUUGCAUUAG